AUGACACCAAAUUUAUACACAUAUACAAUCUUUGAACCAAGAGUCAAUUCACAUCAGACUCCACAAACACCACCACCAUCUCAAGGACAACCCGAUGAUGAUUUUAUAUCAGAAUGGAUUCAUGAAACUUCUCCUUCAUUCUCACCUAAUUCUCAUAAACUUGAUGAUUUUACAAAUUCAAAUAUUCAACCAACUGCAUAUAUGGCAAAUUUAAUUGAUGAAUAUUUAUUCACAUGUUCUGCAAAUUCAUCACCAAGAACUAGACCAAAAGAUAAAGUCCCUAAGAUAACAAGUGUUAUAUUAUCACCACCAAAGUUUAAAAUUGAUAAAAAUCAAGGUACAAAAAAAUCAAUGGCUGGUACCAAAAGAAAUUAUACCACAGAUAAAUCAUCAAAUGGAUGUUAUAUAUGCCGAGUAAGACAUAAAAAAUGUGAUGAAGAAAGACCAAUUUGUAAAAAUUGUUCAAUUUAUGAACUUGAUUGUGAAUUCCCAGGGAUAAAUCAACAAAAUAAACCAAUUUAUUUAACGGAUAAAAACGCCAAAAAUGUUAAACUUGAACAAAUUAAACAAAAAACACAACAAAAAUUUCACAAUAAAACAACAAAUUGA